GCUAUGUGUAUAUGGUGUAUUUGGUCAACUCUGAUGAGUCUUCUAUCGCAUCUUUUCUCUCAGAAGAAUUCUCUCGUGUUUGUUGUCCUUCUUUGUUGGUGGCUACUGGCGAAGCAUUUCAGAUCUUGAGAUUCUCUUGAGUUCGCUAUCCUUCUGUUUGGCUAAGCAUAUCAGAUCUGUUUCAUUGUGCAGUCGCAUCUAAGUUUUCUCAACACCCAGGCAAAAUGGCUGACACCAUCCUCAGUCCUGUUAUACAAGAGGCUGUUUCCAAGGUGAUUUCCUUUGCUGGGGAACAAAUCUGCCUUGCAUGGGGUUUCAAGAAGGAGCUGGCAAGACUUGAAGAGUCCCUACGUACAAUUCAAGGUGUUCUCCAUGUUGCAGAGGAUAGACAGGAAAGUGAUCUGGUUGUAAGGAGUUGGCUGCACAAGCUCAGAGAUGUAGCCUAUGAUGCUGUGGAUGUAUUGGAUGAGUAUGCUUAUAAGCUUCUCCAGAUGAAAGUAGAGACUCGAGACCAAAUGACGAAACAGGUGUGUAGCAGGUUCUUUACUGGCUCCAACUCCAUUUUGUUUCGUCUCAAAAUGGCUAAUAAAAUUAAGAAGAUUAAUAAGUCUCUCGCUGAAGUAAGAGGACAUGUAGUUUUUCCUCUUCUUAUUAGCAUCCAAAACCCUCAGGUUGGUCGACGCCGACCUGAAACUGACUCCUAUACAGAGUCAAAAGUUGAAGGGAGGGAUAAGGAUGUCUUAGAAAUUGUUAACUUGUUAACUGAACUAAGGGGGCAGUAUUCCAUCUCUGGCAUUUCUUUGAUCGGCAUGGCAGGAAUUGGGAAGACAACCUUAGCAAAAUUUCUAUGCAAAGAAGUAGAACAGAGAAACAUGUUUGAUGUAGUAGCAUGGGUGUGCGUUUCUGAUGAUUUUGAUGAACUAAAAAUUUUAAAUGGGAUGUUGAGACAUCUUGACCAUAAUGCUGGUGGAAUAGAUAAUAUGAAUGUUUUGCUCAAACAACUGGAAGAAAAGUUAGAAAAGAAAACUUUUCUUCUUGUUCUUGAUGAUGUGUGGAAUGAAGAUUCCAACACCUGGGCUGCUUUUGUCAGCCGUGUGUCAAAAAUUGUGAAAACUGGUGGGAACUCCAUUUUUGUAACCACUCGUAAGGAAGGGGUGGCAUCAUCCAUGGCAAAAUUUCUUACUUUGCAUCAGCAUCAUGUACAAAAGCUACUAGAUGAUGAGUGUUGGUUGAUAAUAAAGGAAAAGGUUUUUGGAUCUACAGAAGCAUCCAUAGCUGAUCAGCAGUUAGAGGCAAUUGGUAGGGAUAUUGCAAAAAAAUGUGGAGGCCUGCCAUUGAUUGCAAAUGUUUUAGGAGGAACAAUGUGUGUUUCAGUGGGAAUAGAUGGAUGGUUGUUUCUAAAGGAUAGAAUUGUCUGGGAUUCAGAAUAUGGUGAUGAUCAGAUUUUAUCUAUACUUAAACUAAGUUUUUAUCAUUUGUCCUCACAUUUGAAGAAAUGCUUUUCUUAUUGUUCCAUUUUCCCAAAAGAUUUUGAUAUUGAAAAGGAUGAAUUAGUUCAGCUUUGGAUGGCUCAAGGAUUUCUUAAUCCAUCUAGUCAGGAAACAAUGGAAGAUAUUGGUAACAAGUACUUCAAUGACUUGUUAUGUAACUCCUUGUUCCAAGAUGUAAAAAGAGAUAUAUAUGGGAACAUCAACACCUACAAGAUGCACGAUGUAGUGCAUGACCUUGCAGUGUCUGUUUCGAGAAAUGAAACACUGAUUUUGAAGAAUGGUUCCAUUGAUGAAAAUUCUUGCAUUCGACAUUUGAGGAUCCUAUCUGGUGCACAAGUGGAUCCAACUAUUUUGAGAGGUGUUGCUCCAAAGUUGCAUUCAUUGUUCUCGGAGGUUGAUUUUUGCAACAUGUCACGGGAUCUUAAGAGCAUACGCUCUUUAAGUUUGAAAGAAGCAUAUGUUGAUAAAUUGCCAGCUUCUCUGGGCAAAUUGAAGCAUUUGAGAUACCUUGAUGUCUCAAAAACUAAAAUCAAAGCACUACCAAAAUCUUUCACCAAAUUGUAUAGUUUGCAAACCUUAAAACUUAUUGAUUGUUAUCAUCUUCAAAAGCUUCCUGAUGAAUUGAGAAAUCUGAUCAGCUUAAAACAUUUUUAUUUUGAUGACCCCAACCUUAUGCCAAGAGAGAUUGGGCAUUUAACUUCCCUUCAAACCUUACCAUUAUUUGCUGUGGGAAGAGAAAAGGGAUAUCGGAUUGAUGAGCUUGGACCCUUAAGUCAACUCAGGGGAGCAUUGAGAAUAUGUUACCUUGAGUUUGUUAGAUCUCAAUCAGAGGCCAGUAAAGCAAACUUGAAACAGAAGACCAAAUUAUACGAGUUGAAAUUUGAAUGGAUUGGAACGAAGAAGGCUCCAACCAUCAUGCCGAGGGGUGUCAAUUUAUCCGGUAAUUCAUCUCUGCUCAACAAUCUGUUGGAAUUGAGAUUAUAUAAUUGUAGUGAAUGCACAAAUGUUCCCAAUUGUUUGGGAUUAUUGCCUAGUCUCCAGGUUCUUGUAAUAAAUGGUAUGACGACGGUGAAAUAUUUGGGCAGUAAGCUCUAUCUCAACGGGAGCACCACAGUGAGUAGUAGCCGUGGUGGGGGUGAAUUAAUCACACUUUUCCCGGCUUUGAAAGAACUCCGUAUAUACAACAUGGACAGCCUAGAGGAAUGGGCAGAAAUAGAAGACAUUGUUGUGUUUCCUCGCCUUGAGAUAUUGCAAAUUUACAAUUGUCCUAGCUUGAAAACUUGGUCGACGGGUGGAUUUUCAUCUCAGCGCAAGCUCUCUGAUCUGCAGAUGUACUAUUGUCCGAAUGUGAUGGCUAUCCCAAACAUAGAUGGGCUGCUCUCUCUUAAAAGAUUAUCUAUUUAUAGUUGUGAAAAUUUAUUUUGUCUACCGAGUGGGUUGGGAACUUGCAUCUCUCUCCAGAGUUUGUCCAUUCGGUAUUGUUCCAAUCUAACUUCUAUUGUGGAAGAUAUUGGAAGAUUGCAUUCGCUUUCUGAUUUGUCUGUUUAUAAUUGCGAAAAGCUGUUGAGCUUUCCGGAGGAGUGCCUUGGAUACUUCACCCACUUGAAAAGGUUGGAGAUGGGUCCCUUCUACUCGGGGUUGGAAGAAUUCCCAGGACUCACUUCCAUUCAUCACCUUCAUGCCUCUCUUGAAACACUGCAAUUGUAUGGAUGGGAUAAGCUCAAGUCUUUGCCACAUCAGUUGCAACAUCUCACUACCCUCAAGGAAUUGGUGUUACGGAACUUCAGUGGCAUGGUAGCUUUACCAGAGGGGUUGGGUAAUCUCUCUUCUCUUGCUACUCUAAGGAUUGAAGAUUGCAACAAAUUGAAGAGCAUCCCAGAAAAUAUUGGGGAAUUAGGUUCUCUCACUGUUCUUGAAAUCAUUAAUUGCAAAGAACUGAGAAGCUUUCCAGAGGAGUGCCUUGUUAUGAUUCAAGAAUGCUUGAAAUAUCCAGAAGGUUAUGUGCCAAAUGUCAGAAGCACCAACCCACUGGGUCCUAAAGUUUGGAGGAUUUCAAAGAGGCUCAAGUUCAUUUCCACUAUGGAGCCUAAACCAAAAGUUUGUCUAGGUCAGAGAUUCUGAUGUUUUUGCACUUCCUAGUUUGCUGAAUGUUUUUGAUUGGAUGUGGACACCAUAUUGCUUCCGAAACUGCAAAGCUUUCUGUUUUGGCUGGGCAGUUACAGAUCCUAGUGCCAAAUAUUAUGUGUACAUGCAGUUUGGUUUGAAGAGCUCCAAGCAAACAACAGAGAGAAUUGAACAUAUCUCAUACUAAGGAACUUGACCAUAAAGGGAUUGAAAAGACAAAUCUCUCCUCACAUAUUCCAUCUCAAAAUGCUACAUUUUCUAUAAGUGUAUAUGAAUGUCGCAAGAAAAUAAUCUAUGAAGAUGAUGGAAACCAAUAAAACAAAAUCUCUGGCUCACUACUAGAUGAACUCAUAGAUUGGUCAAAGAAGGGAUUGGUUUUGUUAAGGUCUGCUUCUUCUCAUAAAUUGUAUUGGACCAU